AAGAGAGUCCAGAUCCUGCUUUCGCACGGGCAUUAAGCGCCUAUAAAACUACAUAUCCCAGCAUGCAACAGAGCCAACUUUCUCGUGGACACUACAUUUCCCAGAAGGCACGCUACGCCGCAGUGUUUUCUGGGAUGGGAACCACGCCGCCAGCCACCCUUGGUGCUACGAGGGGAGCGCGGAUCUUUCAACAAGAGCUUUAUUAAUUCUCACGCUAGCACCUCGCAAGGCGAUGGAUGUGGCCGCUAAUUGCUCCCUGCGGGUGAAGAGACCUCUGUUGGAUCCCCGCUUCGAGGGUUACAAGCUCUCGCUCGAGCCGCUGCCCUGUUACCAGCUGGAACUUGACGCAGCUGUGGCAGAAGUAAAACUUCGAGAUGAUCAAUAUACACUGGAGCACAUGCAUGCUUUUGGAAUGUAUAAUUACCUACACUGUGAUUCAUGGUAUCCAGACAGUGUCUACUACAUUGAUAACCUUGGAAGAAUUAUGAAUUUAACAGUGAUGCUGGACACUGCCUUAGGAAAACCACGAGAGGUGUUUCGACUCCCUACAGAUUUGACAGCAUGUGACAAUCGCCUUUGUGCAUCCAUCCAUUUCACAUCUUCUACCUGGGUUGCCUUGUCAGAUGGAACUGGAAGAUUGUAUCUCAUUGGAACAGGUGAACGAGGAAAUAGUGCUUCUGAAAAAUGGGAGAUAAUGUUUAAUGAAGAGCUUGGGAAUCCUUUUAUCAUAAUUCACAGUAUCUCAUUGUUGAAAGAUGAAGAACAUUCAAUAGCUACCCUACUUCUUCGAAUAGAGAAAGAGGAAUUGGAUAUGAAAGGAAGUGGUUUCUAUGUUUCCUUGGAGUGGAUCACUAUUAGUAAGAAAAGUAAAGAUAAUAAAAAAUAUGAAAUUACUAAGCAUGAUAUUCUCCGUGGAAAAUCAGUGCCUCAUUAUGCUGCUUUUGAGCCUGAUGGGAAUGGUCUAAUGAUUGUCUCCUACAAGUCCUUCACAUUUGUUCAGCUUGGUCAGGAUCUUGAAGAAAGUAAGGAUGAAAACAUGUCAGAGAAAAUCAAAGCACCUCUGUAUUACUGGCAACAAACUGAAGAUGAUUUGACAGUAACAAUACAGCUUCCAGAAGAUAGUACCAAGGAAGAUAUUCAAGUACAGUUUUUGCCUGAUCAUGUCAACAUUGUGCUGAAGGGUCAGAGAUUUUUAGAAGGAAAUCUGUAUUCAUCUAUUGAUCAUGAAAGCAGUACAUGGAUAAUUAAAGAGAAUAACAGCUUGGAGAUUUGUUUGAUUAAGAAGAAUGAGGGACUGACAUGGACAGAGCUAGUAGUCGGUGAUAAACAAGGGGAAUUUAUAAGAGACUCGGCCCAGUAUGCUGCAAUAGCUGAACGUUUGAUGCAUUUGACCUCUGAAGAACUGAAUCCAAAUCCUGAUAAAGAAAAACCCCCUUGCAAUGCUCAGGAGUUAGAAGAAUGUGAUAUUUUCUUUGAAGAGAGCUCCAGUUUAUGCAGAUUUGAUGGCAGUACAUUAAAAACUACUCACGUGGUGAAUCUUGGAAGCAACCAGUACCUUUUCUCUGUCAUAGUGGAUCCUAAAGAAAUGCCCUGCUUCUGUUUGCGCCAUGAUGUUGAUGCCCUACUCUGGCAGCCACACUCCGGCACGCAAGAUGAUAUGUGGGAGCAUAUUGCAACUUUCAAUGCUUUAGGCUAUGUCCAAGCAUCAAAGAGAGACAAAAAAUUUUUUGCCUGUGCUCCAAAUUACUCUUAUGCAGCCCUUUGCGAGUGCCUUCGACGAGUUUUCAUCUAUCGUCAGCCCACUCCCAUGUCCACUGUACUCUACAAUAGAAAGGAAGGCAGGCAAGUAGGGCAGGUUGCUAAGCAGCAAGUAGCAAGCCUAGAAACCAAUGAUCCUAUUUUAGGCUUUCAAGCAACAAAUGAGAGAUUAUUUGUUCUCACUACCAAAAACCUCUUUUUAAUAAAGGUAAAUACAGAAAAUUAAUUACUCCACAUGUUGGCUUCUCUGUACUGGAAAAGUAUUCAGUGGUGGCUGGAAGGCUGGGCAUUUGUGCUGUAACCUUUUAAAUUUUACUGUGUUAAACAAAAUUAUCUUGUAUGAAUUUAUUUUUCAAAGGAUAUUACAAAUAUAUUCAAGAGAUUAUGAAUCUGUAAAAGCUAUGGAAUGAAGGUGCAAAUUUAGAGAAAAUUAGCUUCUGUAAAACUAAAGAUAGUAUUAGCAAUUAUAAUUAUUUUUAAAAACAGUAGCUAGAAUCUCAUCUUUUGUAUGAAAGAUGUACAAUUCAUUGUUUAAAAAUAAAAGUAUUUAUCAUGUACUGUUUGUCCAUUGAUAUAGUUUCUACUUCUGUACCUACAGAAUGUAUAGAAUAAUGGUUAAAAUGUUGAUUCUUAUAAAUUACUCUUGAACGGGGGUGGGGGGGGAGGAGGAAGUAUGUAUAACAGGAGUACAGGUUUAUUAUUGUUAGAGUUUGCUGAGCGACCUUAAGGGUUUUUUCAAAUUAAGGAUAGCUUUAUUUAACUUUUAUCCAUUUGGUCUCCCACAGACAGAGGUAAAGAGAGAUGAUAGUGUUCUGCAAGGUGUAACUCUUGUCCAUUGCUCUGUAACAAAUCACUUAUUACAGGAUGUCUUAUAAUUUUUCAUGAUUGAGCAUCUCUGCUGUCUCUGUUGUGCAUGUCCUCUCCUUUUCCAGAAGGCUAUUCUGUGUGUGUUCCCAUGACAGAGAAAACAUUCCAAGAGGGCGAGUUCUAAUGUACAAGUUUAUGAAGCCUGCACUUGCAUCAUAUUUACUCAUCUUCCACUGAACAACACAAGUCACAUGGCCAAGUCUAGAGUCAGGGUGAGAGAAGAGUAUGCAAGGAUUCAUAUAGCACGUGGUCUGAUUCCUUGGGAGCCGUUACUGUAGUAGUCUGCCACACAGAUUAUCAUUUGUUCCUAUAGUUCUCUUUGUGUUUCUAAUCCUGUUGAUACAUUAAAUAGGUUUUGCCAUGAA